AUGGAAGUUUCUUCUUUCUCCUCUGUACCCAGAGUCUGUUACUCAUGCUCCUCUGUUCCAGGAUCGUCUCGUUUCAGAGGAGUCAAAGUACACUCACUACGGGACCAGUCUCUUGUUCGUGUUUCAUUGAGCAUACGAAAUAUAAGAACCCCUCGUCAUUUGAUUUUCUGCAGUCAGAAGAGAGACGUUGAUGUUGUCGAUGGAAGUUGUAUGGAUGAGAUAUAUGAUAAGUUGGCGGAACGUAUUGUCCCUACAUCAGCAGCAAUGUUUAGCCCCAAUCUAAAACGUCUGGUGGGCUUGGCUGGUCCUCCUGGAGCCGGGAAAAGCACAUUAGCAAAUGAAGUAGUGCGUCGUGUAAAUAGGCUAUGGCCUCAGAAAGCUUCUUCUUUUGAUGCUGAGGUUACACCGCCUGAGGUCGCUAUUGUACUUCCCAUGGACGGCUUCCAUUUGUAUCGUUCCCAACUAGACGCAAUGGAGGAUCCCAAAGAAGCACAUGCGAGAAGAGGAGCUCCAUGGACUUUUAAUCCUGCCCUGUUACUCAACUGUUUAAAGAAGCUGAGAGACGAGGGAUCAGUUUAUGUGCCAUCAUUCGAUCAUGGAGUUGGGGAUCCAGUUGAACAAGAUAUCUUUGUUAGCCUCCAGCAUAAAGUGGUAAUUGUAGAAGGAAACUACGUGCUCUUAGAAGACGGAUCUUGGAAAGACAUUUCAGACAUGUUUGAUGACAAGUGGUUUAUCGAUGUCAAUCUUGAUACUGCGAUGCAACGUGUUGAAAGCCGACAUAUCUCGACUGGUAAACCGCCGGAUGUUGCUAAAUGGAGGGUUGAUUACAACGACCGACCCAACGCUGAGCUGAUAAUGAAGUCCAAGACAAACGCCAAUGUACUGAUCAGAUCUAUCAGUUUUUGA